AUGACAGAAGAUCAAGAUCUCAUGGCAAAGAUCAGUCAGCUUGCUGGUAGCCAAAUCAAUCGACACAAGAAUCAACAUACGCAGCCCGAGUCCUCUUACACAAGCGAAAUUCCCGCCGGGCAAUAUGUCUCGCGACAUGUGCCAUCACGAGGACGAGUGUGGGCGCCGUAUCGCGGACGACCGUAUCCCCGCGGCGGCCGCCAUUACUCUGCCCCCCACCGCCACCGAACGCUCGUCCUCAACAACAAUCCCCCCACCACUGCAUCGGGAACACCAGGCUCGACGCCAUCUGCAGGCGCCGGAACGGACACCGAAGGCGAGGGCAACAACAAUAAAUGGGUGGCGAAGCGCGACCGGCACAUGCAGCUGAUCAACUCGGCCAUCUACGACAAGGAGGCUCAGUCGCGGGCCAAGGCGAUGGAGGAGAGCCGCAAGGCGAAGUCACAGAAGAAGGCACAGAUCGAGCAGGCCAGAGUGCUCCGGUAUGCGCUGGGCCAUGGUCGCAUGUAUCAGCCGUCUGGCUUUGCCGCCGCGCCGACGACCAGUCCCGCUGUUGCCGCGGGUGAACAGGCGGCUGAAUAUCAGGUCUUGGUCAACGAGGUGCCCUUCCGAGUUUCGCGCGGCGGCAGUAAGCUGAUUCGAGUGUCUGGUGCGUGUUCCUACCGUUAUGCAUUUUCAUUUCCUUUUCUCUUUCUAACUGGCUUACCGAUGGUAGAUGAUCCGAAUACGGCCAACAAUACGCCGAAAAGAGUUACGAUUGCCGGGGUGGUCUUUGUUCGUAGCAAGAAUGGAAACCUGCAUCGGCUGGGUGCUGUUACGUCCAAGAGGAAACCGAUGGCGGUCAAGAAGAAGGACGCUCUUUGCCAGCGAUUCACUACGACGGGUACCGACACUCUCCCCAACGAUAGGCUUUCGGCCGUCUAUUAUUCCUUUGCUUUCUUCUUUCUUCUCAUUUGCAGCUGCUACAAAGGACCCUUGUGUCCCUACACUCACGACCCCAACAAAGUUGCUAUUUGCAAGGACUUUCUCCAGACUGGUAAAUGCAACUCAGGUAUGAGUUGCGAUCUUUCCCACGAGCCUUCGCCCCACCGAUCCCCCGCAUGUGUACAUUUUCUUCGAGGUCGCUGUGCGAACCCCGAGUGUCGCUACGCCCAUGUUCGGGUGACACCUGGCGCUCCUGUGUGCAGGGACUUUGCCACCCUAGGAUACUGCGAGAAAGGCGCCCAGUGCGACGAACGACAUGUGCACGAGUGUCCGGACUACGCCAACACUGGCGUAUGCCAUAAGAAAAAUUGCCGGCUGCCCCAUGUCGACCGUGCCGGGCAGAUGAAGAAUGCCGUCACCAAGACGGUUGGUGAGGACGAUGACGCAGAGUCGGACGCCUCCAGCGAUGACGAAGAAUACGACGAAAUCGACUCAGAUGACGUCGACUCGGACGAUCUGGACGAGGAUGAGUCGGAGCUCAUUGCUGCCGGGUCUGACGUUGGAGACCUCGCGCGGCAACAGGACUUUGUUCCCCUCUAGUUGUACAUUUUGCCCACUAACUCCGUAGCAGUUUUGUAAUUGACAUUGGCUGAGGUUGUAUGGGGAAAUGAAGACAAGGGAGAAAACCAAAAAAAGAAAGAAAGAAAGAAAGUCAGAGUGCAAAAGACAAAAACAAGGAAUAGUGAAUGAGCGAGAGUUGAAAACGAACAUACUUGCUUUGGAUUGAAAGUUUAUGCUUCAUGGAUUGUCGUGUACCAGUGGCAGGCCAAGAUACCCUUUCAUUAUGUUGAUUGAUCGAAGGUAGAA